AUGUUUCCAGAAUAUAUAUCUGCUGCUACAGCUGGAGUGGUCUUUGGUGGGAUGUAUUUGGAUUCAAUUACUUCAUUUACACGCGAUUGGCAUCAAAUUAAAAUAAUUUUGACUUCUUUGAUCAAACAUCAUAUUUGGGCAUCACAGGAUAAGAUCAAUAUCUAUAAUCGCUUUCGAGACAUUGCAAAAGACUAUCCAGAGAGAUACUUUGUCAUAUUUGAAGGGAAGCCGUACACUUUCAGAGACAUCGAGAGAGGUUCAAACCAGCUUGCACGCUGGCUUCUGACGCAAGAUGUGAAAAUCAAAGAUACUGUCUGCAUGAUGCACCAGAACCAUCCAACAUUCUACAUUAUCCUCUUUGCUAUUCUUAAAAUUGGUGCUAUCCCAGCAAUGAUUAAUACUAGUUUAACCAAUACAAGCCUGACUCAUGUCAUCAAGAUAGCACAAACCAAGGUCUUUGUCUUUGAUCCGUGCUAUAUCGAGAGCGUCAAUGCUGUUGAGGGUGAACUCAGAAACCUUGGGAUCUCUUUAUUUGCCUAUGGUGAAGCAACCGAAAAUUCAAAUAUCGACCCCCUUCCAUUUGCCCCUGCUGUCACCCCGCAAUUUCUCACAGAGUUUACAGACAGAAAUCUGAGCGACCACUUCACAAAGGGUAUAAUUAGCUCUGAUCCUGCUUUACUCGUUUACACAAGUGGUACAACUGGUCUUCCAAAGGCGGCUAUUAUGGAGCACGCAAGGAUGAAUUUUGCUAUGGAUUUCUAUGGCACAGUAGCUGAAAUUACUAUCGGAUCUCGGCUGUACUGUGUUUUGCCUCUUUAUCAUGGAUCAGGAAUCCUUUUUUCAACAUUUGCAACCAUGGUACGCGGAGGCACUGUUGUACUUGGGCGUAAAUUUUCAGCAAAACGGUUCUGGGACGAUUGUGUAGAGAAUGAAGUGACAGCAUUUAGUUAUAUCGGCGAAUUCUGCAGAUACUUAUUGAGUCAGCCUGUUCACCCGAUGGAAAAUAAGCAUAAAAUAAAAGCAAUAGUAGGAAAUGGAAUGCGACCUGAGAUUUGGGAUCGGUUCAGGGAAAGGUUUGGAAUUACGACCAUUUUAGAGCUUUAUUCAGCAAGUGAAGCUCCUACUUCACUGAUGAAUGUGAAUAAAAAUGAUUUUGGUGCUGGAGCAGUUGGUCAUCGUGGGUCUCUCUUCCGUACUCUCCGUGGAGACAUUAAGAUUAUAGAAGUUGAUCCAUCUACGGAAGAACCCGUCAGAACUAAAGAUGGACUUUGUAAAAUUUGCAAGCCAGGCCAAUACGGAGAGCUUGUCGUAUUUGUUAACAAGAAUGCAAUUAUGCAAUUCCGUGGGUACUACAAAAACGAAGAAGCAACCACAAAGAAGGUUAUGCACGAUGUUUUGAAAAAGGGUGAUAGCUACUUUCGAAGUGGCGAUCUUUUAAAGAUGGAUCGUUACGGUUUCUUCUACUUUGCCGAUAGAUUAGGAGACACUUUUAGAUGGAAAGGCGAGAAUGUCGCGACGACUGAAGUAACUCAUGUCAUAAGCCAAUUUGCUGACAUAGAAGAAUCCAAUGUUUAUGGUGUAGAAGUACCUUCUCAUGAUGGCAGGGCUGGUAUGGUUGCUAUUGUUACCAAAGAGGGCCAUUCGAUAGACUUUACCCAGCUUCACAACUACUUGACCAAAAAUCUGCCAAAAUAUGCCAUCCCAAUAUUUAUACGCAUACUGCCGACCAUGCAAAUGACAGAAACUUUCAAGCAACUAAAGACAGUCUACCGAUCACAAGGAAUUGAUCCAUCUUUGAUACCAAAAAAUGAACCCGUCUACUGGCUUAAGAAUGGUACCUACGUUCCAUUUACAGACAAGGAUUGGCAUAUAUUAAACAAUGGAAAUGCCAAACUCUGA